UAACCCGACCCGGGACUCAGAAACCCUUAAGCCCUAAAUGUCCGAUCAGAUCAGAUCACACAUUUUGUUGCUAAUUCCUGGCAAUGGCGUAUUCAAGAGUGUUAGGCAGAUUCUCGUCUCGGUUAAAGCCUCUAUGCCAAAACCUCAGCAACAAGAAUGCUAAUGUUUCAUCACUCCCUUCUCCCAUCAAAUCUGCUUCACCUUCCUCACCAACUUGUCGUCUCAGUCGAUCUUCAAGAUUACCAGUGGAGUUGAGUUCGAUGAUACCUCUACACAGUGCUAUAGCAUCGUCCAGGCUUGUCUCAAGUUUGUCCAUUGAAUCCAAAAUCUGGGGAUUAGUUCCUCAAGGUAUUUCGAUGCCUUUAUGACAGUUUUCUUUUCUCGCUUACAACAAGUUUCCAGGAGGAUAGAUGCAUAAACGGAAGCUCGGAUUGUAUCGUUCUUUACUCUUUUUAAGCUCAGAUCCAAAAGCCCUGUAUUUUAGAUGAAGUUAUCCCCAACACUCUGCUUAGAUUCUUGCGGUUUUGAGUUAAUCAGAAACUGCGUAAUCUUAUGUUGCAGGCAAGAUCUUUCAUCUUUCAAUUCUUCUUUUCCCAUGCAAUUUGCUUAGCUGCUGAACCAUGACUGAUUACAAAGAUCAAUCAGCAGUUUUCAGGUCUUAAUAAAAUAAUAUACUGGAAUACAAUUAUUUGAUUUGGUUAAGA